UCAUGUGGUUGUGGGCCAAACGUGUUCCCCACUUGCUCCACUCGAGCGUGGCCUUGCCAUGUUUUCCCGCGUGAAAUCCACGCGCCACUUCUCCAUCCUCCUCUCCCAUGUCAUGAGAAAAGACGUUAGGUUUUUUUUCGUUUUACCGGUAUUUUUAUUUUAUUUUCAAAAAGGGUCAUUGAAAUUACCAAAAUACCCUUCUCCCUGGGAUAACUAUCACAUGCUAAUGCACCCGCGGCCUACCCUACCUUGCUCAUUAAAACUUACGAGAAAAUAAAAAAUUUUAAAAGAAAAAACACCCGCAAAUUCCUAAUAUGCUGUAUGGGGAGAGACGAAACUACCCCUAUGCUUUUGAUUUCUGCAGACCCACCAUAAAUUAUUGUGGGGGCGAGCGCAGAGGAGCCAUUUCUGUCGCUGUCUAUUUAAAAAAAUAUGGGGUUUUUAGACAACUAUCAUGACGUGUAAUAGCGGCAGGCUUUCCUUUCCGCUCACAUCCAAGUAGCGAGCCACGAACUGUGAAUAAGACGAAAACCUAGGGACAAAAUUGUCAAUAAAAGAAAUGUAAAUCGAAAAAAUAUAUAUAUACGAAGAGGCGAGAAAGCAACAGAAAAGUUAAUAAGAAACCCUGAUUAUAUCGAGUUGUGUGAGAUCUGCACAAACAAACCCAUCCCCCACAAACCCACCACAACCCCCGAGCCCCCCAACCCUCUCCUCUCUCAGCGAGAAAACACACGAGAAAGUGCGAGAAAAAAAAAUCCCAGCAGCCAAACACAUCCCUGCGGCUCUCUAUCUCUCUGUGUUUUAUCUAUCUGAGCUGUUGGUUUUUGAAGAGGAGGAGGAAGAAGAAGAAAGAAGAUUUGGAGAUGCGGAUCAGGAAGAACGCCAAGGUCUCCCCUCUCCUGUUCUCGUCGCACGCUCCAGCUGCGGAGGACCUCCAGGCACACGUGUGCCAGUUAAAUCAAUCCCCAUGGGAUGUUAUUUCCUUUGGUCCAGACUCGAACCAGUUGGAAGAGAGCUUCUAUGUAAAUAACAAUGGGAGCUUCGGUGAUUCUCUCGGAGCUGCUGAAAGCGUUGCGUCGAUGAUGGAUAUCGGCAAAGAGAAAGCCGUGCAGAUGGAACAAGAGCCCGUCGCUGAUGACAAAAAGGAUUCGAAUUCGAAAGAGUUAUUGGACGACGAUAACGAAGAGGAAGGGAGGAGAUCAAGCUACGCGUGUUGCCAGAAGAACGAUGGAAAGGGCUGGCAUUGCAAGAAGAGAGCCAAACUCGGCCAGUCUUUCUGCAACCAUCACUUAUCCCUGCUUAGGUCUAACCAUAAUACCAACAUUGCUUCCAACAAUAAGGGCCCCCGGGAAGCUGCGAGCAAGGUACUGUCAGCUGGAGCCCGCCGCUCCCGGGCCAAGGCGAAGAGGGGAUCCUCCUCAAACCCUUACGAAUUCUAUUACUAUUCGGGGUUUGGCCCGCUGUGGGGGCGAAAGAGGGGCGGGGAUAAGGAGAAGGAAGAGCCCAAGAUUGAUGAAGAUAGAGUCACUACUACUACUUCAACUACUCCUCCUACUCAAUCUUCGUCUUCUCAAAUUGAUGAGAAGAAAUUCGAAUAUGUGGAUGACUACGAUGACGACGAGGAUGACUUUGAUGAUGAUGUUCGCAGCGGGGAGAGCGGGCGGAAGCGGAUGAGAAAGCCGGUGAAGGCGAGAUCUCUGAAGUCCCUUAUGUGAGUGAGAGUGGAAGAAAUUUGUGAUUAUAGGGGUGGGGGGGAGGGGGACGGGGACGGGGGGUGUUUAGGGUUCACAGAAAUUAGAGGUAAUUUAGUUGCACAUGUCGUUGCAUUUUGUCGCGGGUGAGCGUAGUCCCUCUCCGGUACAUGACAGAAAUGAGAGAGCUUUGUUAGAGUGUGAAUGCGGUGUACUCAAACAAUUGUGCUAGUGAAAGUUUAAAAAAUGAAAGGGCCGUUUCGUAA